CAACGCUCUCCGUAGUCCGCCGAAAAAGGUAAACACGGAAGUCCAAUGACUAAAUAUAGCGUGGAUGAGAUUGCUCUUACUGCGCGUCUUUUUAGUGAUUCGCUUGAGUAUAAAUAUCGACUAAGCGUAAAAACAGACAAACAGCUAUUUUAUUAAGUGUGCUGAAGUUCAAUGGCUUCAGUUAAGCGAGUCGCGUUCGUGGUCGUCGGCGGAGGAAUCGCCGGGGUAACUUGCGCCGAACAGAUCGCGUCGCAGCUCUCAUCGGACGAGGUUUACCUUCUGACCGCAUCGCCCUUAGUAAAGACGGUUACAAAUUUCAAACAGGUGUCGAAGACGUUGGAAGAGUUUGAAGUCGAGGAACAGCCGUCCAGCGUUUUAGAAGAAAAGCACCCCAACUUGAAAGUCCUGCGGUCCGCAGUCAGACUCCUGCGAGCUGAAGAGCACCUUUUGCUAGCGGAGAACGGCCAGACGUUCCGUUACAAAAAGCUGUGCAUCUGCAGCGGAGCCAAACCCAAGCUUCUCGCCCGGGGUGACCCUCGUGUGCUGGGCAUUCGAGACACGGACAGCGCUCGGGAGUUUCAAAAGCGGUUGUCGAAGGCUAAAAGGAUAGUUGUCGUUGGCAAUGGAGGAAUCGCAUUAGAAUUGGUGUACGAAGUCGAAGGCUGUGAAGUGAUCUGGGCUGUAAAGGACAAAGCCAUAGGAAACACGUUCUUCGGCGGAGCUGCUCAGUUUCUCAUUCCCUCACUGGAGGCUGACCAAAAAGAAAGAUCUUUGCCAUGCAAGAGAGCACGCUACACGACGGACAAGACUGGAGCAGGCCACAGCGGGGCUUCAGGAGAGCUUGGUAGUGCCUUGGGUCCAGAUUGGCACGAAGGGAUUGAACUAAGAGGAACAGUGCAGAAUUCCAGUGGAGUUCAUAUAGAAUAUGAGUGCGAGGUUGACAGGAUCUACACCCAACAAGAGUUUGCGGAGUCUAAGCCCGACACACAGAAUUCGGAAUUAGGGUUGUGGCCGGCGUAUGUUCGGUUAACCAAUGGGAAGAUCUAUGGCUGUGAUUUCGUUGUCAGUGCAACAGGCGUCGUCCCAAACACUGAGCCUUUUCUCAGUGGCAACAAUUUUGAAUUGGCGGGAGAUGGUGGUCUGAGAGUGGACGAUCACAUGCGGACGUCUGAGCAGGAUGUGUAUGCGGCUGGAGAUGUGUGUUCUGCUGGCUGGGAGCCCAGCGCUCUCUGGCAACAGAUGCGACUGUGGACUCAAGCGCGUCAGAUGGGCUGGUACGCGGCGCGCUGCAUGGCCGCGGAUGUGCUGGAGAAGCCUAUAGAGCUGGACUUCUGCUUCGAGCUCUUUUCACACAUCACCAGAUUCUUCAACUACAAGGUGGUUUUGCUAGGGAAGUAUAACGCUCAGGGAUUGGGUCAGGACCAUGAGCUUCUUGUGCGCUGUACAAAAGGCCAGGAAUACGUGAAGGUGGUCCUGACCGGGGGCCGAAUGGUGGGAGCCGUUCUUAUCGGAGAGACGGACCUGGAAGAAACGUUCGAGAACCUCAUUCUCAACCAAAUGGACUUAUCCCGAUACGGCGCGGAGCUUCUUAAUCCUAAUAUUGACAUCGAAGACUACUUCGACUGAAUCGUUCUGGUCAGUCAGCGACAAAGAAGACGAUUCAUUUAUUUUUUAAAGCCGCACCACGUAAUUUAUGUUCAAAAAUAAUCAUUUCUUUCAAUCACCAAUCGUACGCUGGCAUUGCUCGGUAACAAGAAGUCCCACCUUUGAGGCGACGCUGUCAUGCUGAGAAGGCAAAUAAACCCAUUGCGAUUUUUGUUUGAAAAAUAAGCACUUCCUGUUACCUGAAAAGGCAUUUUGGGAUCAACAUCCUCCCAGUGUGCCGGAAGGAGAAUUCUCAUCACAUUUGCAUCUGUUACGCAAAACGUAUGCAAGGUUGGUUUCUCUUUCUCUGUUUGAUUAAAAAGGGUUAGACAUUAAGGGUUAGACAUCUAGGGUUAGACAUUAAAUCAACUCUCUCAACUCAUUAACUCAACCUUGUAGUACCAGUACCAUGGUGUGUCUGUGUCCACAUAUUCAACUUCUGAACCAGACAUCAGAGAAGAAGAAUUUUAGCUGAAAACUCAA